CCGAGAACUGGGAUCACGUCCACUUCAGUUGGAAGGAUUUGUUUGAGUGUUGUGAAGGCUUCCUUCGAUUACUUUUCUUCAGAUCCCUCUUUCAUAGUACCUCCUUUGCGUUUCGUAGUAGGGCAGAGAAGGUAUUUAUUCUAGUGUCCUCUGGAUACUGUAUAUGAGUCAGUAAUAAGUGCGCUUCGUGAGGUGGCCGAAGAUGGGGUGUGCCGCGAGUGUUGACAAGGAGGCUGCAGAGAGGAGUAAGCGAAUUGAUCAGAAAAUCAGGCAAGAUAAUGAGGCUGCCAUGCGAGAAGUUAAGCUUUUGCUGCUUGGAGCGGGAGAGUCUGGUAAAAGCACGAUCGUCAAGCAAAUGAAAAUUAUCCACGACAAUGGUUAUUCUUCAGAGGAUUGCAAGCAAUUCAAACCUGUCGUUCACAGCAACACUCUCCAAUCUAUUCUUGCCAUCGUCAAGGCCAUGGAGAACCUGAGCAUAUCUUAUGGUGACGAUGGAGUGAAGGAGACUGCUGAUCGUUUAGUGGAUGUGGCCAGCAAACAGGAGGAGGCCGAGCUAACACCUGAAAUUCUUACGAUGCUGAAGAGUUUGUGGGCUGACAGUGGAAUCAAGGAAUGUUUUAGCCGCUCACGCGAGUAUCAGCUCAACGAUUCCGCAGGUUACCUCCUAGACGCACUGGAUCGAAUUGGUGCUCCUGAUUACAUUCCCAGUGAACAAGACGUUCUGCGGACUCGCGUCAAGACAACGGGUAUUGUUGAGACACACUUCACAUUCAAAGAUCUCAAUUUCAAAAUGUUUGACGUGGGUGGCCAGCGAUCAGAGAGAAAGAAGUGGAUUCACUGCUUCGAAGGCGUGACGGCGAUUAUCUUCUGUGCAUCUCUAUCAGCGUAUGACCUUGUACUUGCGGAGGAUGAAACUGUCAACAGAAUGACGGAGAGCAUGAAGCUGUUCGACUCCAUAUGCAACAACAAGUGGUUCGUUGAUACGUCCAUCAUUUUGUUCUUGAACAAAAAGGAUAUAUUCCAGCAGAAGAUCACAGUGUCACCCCUAUCGUUUUGCUUCCCAGAAUAUCCGGGCCCCAACACGUUUGUUGAGGCAUCCAACUACAUCAAGCAGAAGUUCGAGGACCUGAACAAGAAGAAGGACACGAAGGAGAUUUACGCUCAUCUGACCUGCGCAACGGACACGAACAACAUCCAGUUUGUGUUUGACGUUGUUACCGAUGUCAUCAUCAAGAACAACCUUCGGGAUUGUGGACUGUUCUAGGCUUUUCCUUGCUAAUGGGGUUGCCGAGCCCUCGUUCCCGUAUCGUCAGGCACUGGCCGCAUGCUUGGCACACGCAAUAGAGCUGUCUUCGCCGUUAGCUGACUCCUCUAAGCAGAAUUCUGAGUCUGCAAAACAAAUAAGCAUUGUAUAUGCUGUUCCCUCACUCCAUGCAACAACUAGGCAAAGAAGAUGAUAAUGAUUGCCCCACAUUCAUGUCCAUGUAACUCGGCAGCGCCACUGUACACCCGCGGACAAGUGUACCAGGUGCUGCUGCUGUCUUUGAAAUUGGCAUGGGUUAGUUCUUGAUGUAGCCACAUACCUGUGGUGUCAUUAUGCUGCGUCUCGCACUUGGUAUACCCAGUGCAGACUUUGGCUGAUUUUCGUAUAUAUGAUAGGUAUUGUGUCUGUUGUCGUUCAUACACCUCCGUCCGUUUUUAAUCAUUCCAUGUGAACUAAAAAUCUUCUGCUUUCUAGGAUACUCUUCUCAUAUACAUACCUACCUUCUUUCCGUAAGCUUUCAUUCCUGUUGAGCUUUGUCAUUGUUUUCUUCCCUCCGUCGGCGUAGCGCACACACAAACUCCAUCGCAUGUCUCCAUUAUUCGAAAAGAUGUUAUUUGAUACGCCGCCCCUUCCCCAAAGUUCCUUUUGGCAUAUUUCUUCUGUCAGUCCCAAUGCUGUGCAAAGCAAAAAAUUUGCUGCAUUUCUGCUUCUUUUUAUUUCUGCUUUCUGAUGUUUUUGCUGUUGCAGCACUUAGCACUGUUUACAGGCGAUGGACUAUUAUUCAGCUGCACAUAGUGGGCCUUCUGUAAUUGUAUGCGUUGUCUUGAUUUUUCACUCUCGAAUAUUAUCGCUAUGUAAAGAAAAGUCUUUUUUUUUUUGGUAACUACGUGUAGCAUUGUAGUUCUUGUGGAUUUGUGUUGAAGCAGUGCGUGUGUGUGUGUUUGUGUAGAGCAAAGAAAGUGCGAGCUUCUGGAAGCUGCUGCUGCGCUCUGCAUGUGACUGCCUUCAAAAGCGAGUUGCACAAAUUCUUGCCACUGUUUGAUCAUAAAUUUGCCAAUCUCAA